AUGGCAAGGCACGGCAGCAGACGCCAGCGCCCACAUAGCCACUAUGAGGUGUACGACCCACUCCCCCGUCCUCGAGGCGGUUCGGCUGUACCACCAGCUUCCCAACAGCAGUCUCAAGGUUGGUGGGUUGGAGGGGAGUGGAUUGAAAAGACACGUCCGCAGAAGUCUACUGCCAGCAACCAGUGCCAGUCGCCUAUCGUCAUUGACGGCCACAGUGGAGACAGCGAAUGCUUCGAGGUGCACCCUCCAGCUUCGCAGGCAGCUCGGCCCUCCCAAACCACGCAAGUGGCAUCAACAGGCGGCCCUGCAGGGGUUAGAUUUGACUUCAACGACAAUGAGUAUGUUCUGCCCUGGGCGCCUAGGCCGGUCGAGAAUACAAGUUGUCGUCAGGCACGUUCUUUCGCAGAGAGUGCCGACGACGAGCUCCUCUCAUACAUGGCAGCUCGCUCAAUCUCCAGAGGCUUCCUCAUAGAGAUCGACCAGUUCCUGUGUGGACAUCCUGAAAUCGCCGACUGUCCCGAGGGGCGCGACACGAUCUCCCAGCUCAACACCUCGUCGCCUCUUGAGGCAUACAAGUACUUUUUGCGCGGCUACACCAGACCAGCUAGGUACAUCGACGGCAUCCUCAAAUCAGGGUAUUUCACGCUCCCCACAAACUUCUCCUACCGACCGCUUCGAUCGAAAACCGACACAGAACUUGUAGACUUCUUCCAUGGUUUCGAGUACAGACACGACAUCAUCGACCGUAUCGAUGAAGUCGUCCGUCGAGGUGUUCACGCAAUGUCCCUUGGACGGGCUGUCCCUUCUGGCUAUCGACAGCUGAUCUGCUAUGCUAUCUGGGGCAAUCCCUCAGAUGCGUAUAAGUGGUAUGAGUAUUCAUUACAAGAGGAGUAUCUGCCCCACAGAUACUUGCCGGAGCAUGUUGUUCUGGGACAUGUACCAAAGCUGGCUGGUGGGGCUGAACCACAGCCAUCGAUUCUCGACAGCUCAAGACGCCACAUGGAUGUGAGAUAUCGUAUGGCGAGAGCGAACGACGAAGGAAUCGACGUUCUGGACGUCCUCAUGACGGAGUUCAGAGCCGCCCUCGUUCGUAGGGGCUUUCGCCGUGUCGACAUAGACAACUUGUAUGUGGGUGCGAAAAUUCGCCUGGAGAACGAGCGUCGGGACCCAACAGGCAAGUGA